AUGCGACCUCGAUGGCUGUUUCAAGACCUGCCUGCGUCGACGGCAAACGCACGCAUCACCGACGGCCGCUCCUGUAGGGGGCGCGCGAGCGGCGAGGCGGCCACGGCAGCCCACUCGCCCUCGUCGGCAGAGUCCUUUGUCGGCGACGCUCUCCGCCCUACGGUCCGACGACGCGAAGCAACCAAGACGGCCAGGCCAGCAUGCGCCGCCACGACGGCAAGGCUGUCUGCCGAGUCACAUAUGACCAACUCUCCGGGCGUGUCUUGGGUGGUGGUACCGCCCGUCGGCAGGGAAGCGGCCAAUGAUUUCGCAUCGACGGUGAAUCGGCUGGACGGCGACGUGACGGCUCGCCACGAGAAGCCAAGGGACAGGAUUCGGAGCGCCGAACAUGGCAUCGCAGCACCGCCGUCUGCCGUCGAGGCUGCCCCUGCGGCGGAACACCCGCCCCGCCGUGCCUCCCACCAUUCUCGGCAUCGUCGCCGUGGGGAAAUGCACGGAAUGGAAGCACGCGGAGCGGACGAUGCGUCAUGGCCACUGGUACCUGCUGCACGUGCCGUUUGUGGGUGCCGCUCUCGUACGGGCAAGGAGGAGAAGCACUCGUCGGAGCGCAGCAUGCCUGCCCCUGGCACCCACUCACCAGGUAUCAAGGUAGUUGGUCGUACGAGCACCGACACGCCGCACAGGACGGAGUCCGGAGCGCCAGCAGGCAUGAUUCCCCACUGGCGACGUUGGGGCUCGGAGCACGCGGGCGAGGAGUCUCCCGAAGGCCGGGCGAUUUCGGCAAUGCUCAUUGGCCGGCUCGGUCUCGCCUCCAUCUGCACGGUACAACCACAUCCAUCAAGUACUUACAGUACAUGCAUGCACAUGGACACGUACGGGGCCAGCAUGGCACGACGCACCGUCCAGGGCCCUACAGCACAGCACAGCGCAGCGCAACUCAGCACAGCUCAGCGCAGCAAAGCACAGCAUGGCACAGCACAGCACAGCACAGCAAAGCACAGCACAACAAAGCACAGCAUGGCACAACAAAGCAUAGCAAAGCACAGCAAAGCACAGCAAAGCACAGCAAAGCACAGCAAAGCACAGCAAAGCACAGCAAAGCACAGCAAAGCACAGCAAAGCACAGCAAAGCACAGCACAGCAAAGCAAAGCAAAGCACAGCAAGCACAGCACAGCACAGCACAGCAAAGCACAGCAAAGCACAGCAAAGCACAGCAAAGCACAGCAAAGUACAGCACGUCACGGCACGGCACAGCACUCCAUAGCAUGGCACAGUCCAGCACGGCACAGCACGGCACUGUCCAAGCACAGCACAGCACGGUACAGCACGGCACAGCACGGUACGGCGCAGCACAGUGCGCAUCGUCCACGCCCGUGGUCCGCGAGCACACCAAGCUCCUCCGAUCACGUCCUUUGCUCGCGGAACCCUCUGGACGGAUGCCUACCUUGUUCGGAGCAUCGAGCACAUCCAAACAUGCGACGCGGCCAAUGACAACCUCGCGCGACUGCCAGGUCCCCGGACCCCGACACCCUUCCCCGGCGUGGGGGACGUCGAAUCCCUGCUCGUCACCCUUCCACGCCCCUCCCCCCUGCGGAUGGCCUCGCAAACCCCUCUCAGCCCUAUCGACAAACCGACAGCGUCCAUCCCUGCGACGUGCUGCUGGCGGCGAGCGCACCUGCUUGCACCGUGCUGCUCUGCAUCUUCCGUCUCGAUCCGUCCCCGUCACGCAAGCGGCAUGGCCAUCUGCGCUGCUUACUCCGAGCAUCCCGCCUCGUCCCCUCUUGGCCCAGCCACGGACUCGCAGGUGA